AUGCCCUGCCAUGGGCAGACAGAUUACUUGAAAGUUGUGUUGCCAUCGUCUUAUUUUCAACGAUUAGCAGUUUCUCGUGCUUCUCGACUUCGCUUCUUUCCCGGUCGUGGGGUAUUCCUUAGAGAGUCCCGCACGAAUGCAGAGAGGAAGCGUCUUCGUGAAGAACGCAUGAUGCACCCAAACUCAACCUCCUUGCCUCAUAGCUUUCCCGCGGAUUUAAUGCAUCUGGAGUUCUGUGUUAGGCUUGUCGUAGUUUACAGACCACCUUCCACUUCUUAUAUCAAUGAGCUAUUAGCUAAAUCGCAUUCUCCUGUGGUUGUCGUAGGUGACUUCACCCUCCCAGAGGUCAAUAGGGCCGAUUGGAAUGUUUCCAAGGACAUUGCACACCCUCUGUCCAAUACUUUUGCUUGUCACGGAUUCGCGCAGUACAUUAAGGAGCCCACUAGAGGUUCGAGCAUCCUAGAUUUGCUUUUCUGCAAUGACUUGAACCUUAUAAGUAACGUUUUAGUUAAGUCAUCAAUUGGCGACAGCGACCACCUAAGCAUCACUUUUGACAUCACCGGAGUUGAGUUACCUUGUGUGCCCGUUUUCAAAAGGCUAUUUUCCAAAUGUGAUUAUUCCCUUGUUACGAACUACCUCUUUAGCGUACUAUGGGUCGACUCCUUUGAGUCGGUUUCUACCGUGGAUGAGAAAUAUUUGAUGUUUCUGACUAUUCUCCGACAUGCCAUACAAUUGUAUGUCCCCUGGGCCUACUUUUUCCUAGCAGGAGAGUGCCUUUUGCAAUACGCCAAACGAAUUCAAAUUCUUUGGACAGAAUUCAGAGCUUUUUCACAGAAGUUUUCUGAGAAACUAUGCAAAUACAAUAAGAGUAUGGAAAAGAAAAUAGUUGAAGCAAAGGAUAAGCAACGUUUCUUCAAAUAUCUGGGAUCUAAGCUCCGGGAAAGGCCGAAUUUUUAUGGUCUGGAUAUUAAUGGGAGGAUUCUACUGAAUGAUCAUAAUAAGGCAAUGCUUUUGCCUUAUUAG